AAGACUUAAUAUUAUAAAUUUAUAAUACUCUUAGGUAGAAUUGAAAUUGUAAGAUAUUUUAAGGUGUGUAGAUAGAUAUGAAGUAAGUGGUUCCAUCGAACAAAAUAAGCAUAUUCGAGAACAGAGAGCCAAGGCGGGAAAACAAGCAAUUGAAUGUAACACGAUACGACACGAUGGCCGAUAUCGAAGAAAUCUACAGAUGCAUCAUCCAAAGCGUCAACGAACAGAGAUGGGAGGAUUUGCCAAGAUAUAUGUCCUCUCACCUCAUCAGAAACGGCCAAGACUAUACGCCCGAGAGUUAUGCCGCAGAGAUAAAGCUUUUCGGCGGCGGUGGAGCAUCCGUCGAGCUGACUGUGGAUGCCCUCAUCGUCGACCAAGAAUCGCAACGCCUCGCCGCAACUGUACUGGUGAAAGCACUCGUCAGAACUGAAAAGGCGAAUGCGAACGGAGAGACCGCUCAGAACAUCUCAUUUACUGAACAGCAGUUUAUUUGGUUCGAGGAUGGGAAGGUAUCCACGUUGUUUACGUUGGCAGAUGGCGACGAAAUACGGCGCCAGCUAUCCGAUCCUGAAUAUCGGUACACCCCAGACCUAAUCAGCCUCCAGGCGCCGCCGAGCCAACUCGUGGCUGUCGCUAAGCUGUCGGCAGGCGAAUUAGAAGAGACAUACAGGAGAUACAUCGGUUGCAUUAACAAGCAAACAAUGGAGACGGAUCUGCACCGGUUCUGUCACCCCCAAGCGAUCCACAACACCAAGACUUUGACGAGAGACCAGUACCGGCUCCUGAUACAGGAAGCGCGCACGGCAGUUCCUGACAUCGUCUUCGGACCGCGCACCGUCAUCGUGGACGAGAGAUCGCAGCUCGUGGCCGCGCGCCUCGAAUUCACAGGCACACCGGUGGGGAUCAUGGCUGGCGCAAAACCCAACGGCCGCGGCGUCAGCUUCAGCGAGCAUGUCACCUACCUCUUCGAGGAAGGCAAGAUCGCGCGCGUAUGGAGCAUUGUGGACUGGGAGUCGUAUCGCCGACAGUUGUCAGACUAGCACAGCAUAACAUACAGUAGCAAUGGCAGUAGCAGCAGCAGUAGCGGCGAGAAAACCAGGAAACCAAGAC